AUGUCUGGACGUGGACGCGGAGAUCUCCCCAUUCGGGGCUCUCGUGGUGGUGCUCCUCCUCGUGGUGGCAGCAGCCGUGGCCGCGGUGAUGACCGUGGCCGUGGGUCUGACCGAGGUCGAGGGAGCGAACGUGGCGGAUCCUCCGCAUACGAGUCACCUUCUGGAAUGUUUACGGACAGUGUUGCACCAGUUUCUUCGCAGAUCACCGGCCAUGAGGACAAUUGCAUCGCCAACUUCCUCAAAGAGAAGCAAGCAGCCGAUAAAAGGGCAUCGGAAGGCAAGCAAAUCCCCUCUGAUGUGCCCUCGGGUACUGUCCUUGCUCAUCGACCCGGCUAUGGAACCUUGGGGCGCUCGUUCAUCCUGAGGUCAAACAUGUUCUUAUUCGACUUCAAGCCCGGCCUGGAGUUGUUCUCUUACCGAUUGAAAUUCAAUCCACCUGAUAUAACCAGAGGACAGCAGAAAUUUGUUAUCCGCAACAUGCUUCGGACAUACAGGCCAUUCGUUGACCAUCAGUCCCAGUUGGCCACGGAUACGGCCACUGAAAUUGUCACGACGCAACCUCUACCAGACAAUCGUCAGGUUCAUCGAGUCACCAUGGCCAACGGCGAAAACCGCAAUCGCUCUGGGUGGACAGUCACAGUGGCACUCAUAGAAUCCUACCGUGUUGACGAAGUCAUUAAAAACCUCCGUGAUGUCCGACUCAGAAAGGUUGUUCCUAACAAGGAUCGAACCGAUGCUGAGGGCUCGGAUGUGACGCGUGCUGAAACCAGUGUUGUUCGCAUGCUUAACAUUUUGAUGAGCAACUAUCCAAACAACACCGAUGGCACAGCGGUUGUUGGGAAGGGACGGAACAAGGUCUUCAAAAUCGACCAAGCAAAGCAAUUUGUUAACAUUGGAUGUGGAAUAGAAGCUGUUCGUGGUUACUACUCGAGUGUUCGUCUGGCGACAGGAAACAUCAUGCUCAACUUGAACAUCAGUCACAGCGCCAUGUACCGCCCUGGUAAGCUGAUAAGCCUCAUUGAUGAAUUUGCAAGGACGGUGGGCGAGAAACGCGGAGAUAUUGGGCCCUUCCUUGCGCGUUUGACUGUCAAUGUCUCACACAUCCCUGCAAGGGACGACGGAAGUGGAAACAUGGUACCUGUCACCAGAACUAUCUGGGGCGUGGCAACACCUCAAGACGGGACACCGAGACGAGGCCAGCCGCCGAAUCCUCACCCUCCUCGUGUCGCUAGACUGGCGUCUUCUGCAGACAAUGUAUCAUUCUGGAGGGAGGAUAGAGAUGGAAACGGGGAUUACAUCACUGUUACAGAGUAUUUCCGCCAAGCUUAUGGCCUUCGACUCAGAUAUGCUUCGACUCAUCCAGUCGUGAAUGUCGGGAGCCUUGACAAGCCAGUCUAUCUACCUGCCGAACUCUGCGAGGUUCCACCUGGGCAGAUUUUUGGUGGAAAACAAUCCAGGGAAAUGUCUCAAGGCAUGAUCAAGUUCAGCUGUCGACGUCCGCCUCAGAACUAUGCCUCCAUCAUGAAGGAGGGAAUGGAAAUCCUGGGACUCAAUGACGAGAUCACAAAGUUCGGGAUCAGAGUUACAAAGGCAAUGACGAUCGUGCCUGCUCGGAUCCUCAGUCCUCCCAGUUUGGUCUAUGCGAAAAAGACCACGAAGACACAAUUCGGCUCUUGGAACUUGCAACGCACAAGAUUCUCCGAGGGUGCAACUGUCAAGAAUUGGACGUGCUUAACGCUCCGCAGAGCUAAGCAGCCUCUCCCAAAUGUCGAUGGUGAAAUGAACAUGUUGUACAAGAAGCUGCGUGAGCAUGGGCUCAAUCUACCGCCUCCUUCAAGGCCAUUCCUCACCCUCGAUCUUGAUUCUAGCAGCAAGGCCAACCGCGAAAAACUUCGAAAAGAGUUCAAAGGUUGGAAGGAAAACAACUACAGCCUUCUGGUUGUUAUUUUGCCUGAUAACGGUACCGAGCUAUUCGAUUGGAUAAAGUACAUCGGCGAUCUCAAGAUUGGUAUCCUCACUCAUUGCAUGCUGGUCGACAAGUUCAAGAAAACAGGGGGUCAAGAGCAGUACAUGAGCAACAAUGCGAUGAAGAUCAAUCUGAAGAUGGGUGGCCGAAACCAGUUGCUGGAUUCAUCUGGCCUCAAAUUUAUCGGGCAGGGGAAGACCAUGGUCAUGGGAUAUGACGUUACUCAUCCAGCCCCUGGAUUGGCGCAGACAGAGAAGAGCAUCGCCGGAAUUGUGGCAUCUAUUGAUGGUCAAAUGGCACAGUGGCCUGGCGAAGUCCUUUCCCAGGAAGCCGGAAAAGAGGAAGUCGCAGAACUUGUUAAACUGGUGCAGGGACGCCUCGAUCGCUGGAUUCGGGAAAACAAAGAGCCUCCAGCCAAUAUCCUUGUCUACCGUGACGGUGUCAGCGAGGGUCAAUAUAUGAUGGUCCUCAACAUGGAACUGCCCAGGAUUCGCCGAGCAGCUGCAGACAUUGCUAACUACCGGCCCGAAUACAAGAAGUUUGCGAAGUAUAAGCCCAAGAUAACUGUCAUCAUUUCCGGAAAACGCCACCAUGUGCGGUUCUAUCCGACCAAGGCAGCUGACGGCGAUCGAACCUCGAACCCUCCCAGUGGCUCUGUCGUUGACCGGGUUGUCACUCGUCCUCUGUUCUGGGAUUUCUAUCUUCAGGCCCAGUCACCUCUCCAGGGAUCUGCCCGUCCGUGUCAUUACAUUGUCAUCCACGAUGAGAUUUUCUCAGACCCGAAAAUCAGCCCCGGCAAGCCAGCUGAUGUGGUCCAAGAGCUAACCCAUAACAUAUGUUAUAUGAUGGGCCGAGCAACACGCUCAAUCAGUUAUGCCACCCCUGCCUUUUUGGCUGACCGAUACUGUGAGCGCGCUCGCAAGUACGUUGCAGCCGUCAAAGCUAUGAGAGAAGGCGGGGAUAAGGUGUGGGAUGAUGCUGAACUUGGCUCUAACCGCAAGUCCUCGAACGCCUUUGCGAUACAUUCAGACUUCCCCCUCAGCAUGGUCUACAUCUAA